AAGUGUCGCGGGUCAUACUAAAGUCACAUGAGAGACUUGAGGAACGAUGGUUUCAGAAUACUGAACUGCAGAGCGGAAUUUAUACCGGCUUAAGAUCAUUUAUAUUAGCUUUAUAAAACAGUACAAGAUCAGAUUAAUAUGGACGAGGACGGGUUACCUAUAGUGGGCUCGGGAGUGGAUCUGACCAAGGUUCCUGCAAUUCAGCAAAGAAGAAUCGUCGCUUUCCUCAAUCAGUUUAUUGUUCACACGGUUCGGUUCCUCAACCGGUUCUCAUCUGUCUGUGAAGAGAAACUCUCAACAAUAUCAUUACGGAUUCAGCAGAUUGAAACAACACUCAGCAUUUUGGAAGCAAAGCUGUCUUCAAUUCCUGGCUUGGAGGAUGUGACGGUGGAUGGAGUAGGUCAGAGACCUUCUACAGAGACUAAUGGGCCAUCAGUGGGAUCCAGUAGUGCUGCAGCUUCAACUCUUCCUCCUUCUCCCCCUGAGGUUCCUACACAAGUUCAGGAAGACCCACAGGAGCAGAAAAAGGAGGCAGUGGCCGACAAUGUGAUGACUGUGGCCAAAGACCCACGAUAUGCCAGAUAUCUCAAAAUGGUGCAAGUGGGUGUCCCAGUCAUGGCAAUAAAAAACAAAAUGAUCCUUGAAGGAUUGGACCCCAAUCUUUUAGAUUCACCAGAUGCCCCUGUUCCAGACUCUGCAAAAAAGAUGACAGAAGAAAAGGAUGAUGACAGUUCCGGCAGUGAAUCAUCUUUCAGCGACUAACAUAGCCUGCUGCUGCUGCGGCUGCUGCUGGAGCCGGUUGUGAACUUUAUACUGUCAUUAACCCUGUUCAGCUCUGCACAAUGUGAAUGUGCUAACAGUACAUGCCUGUACUGUGGACAGAUAAGGAAAUGUCUGUUGGACUAAGUGUGUGCUACUAAUAGCAUAUGGGUGGCUUAAAUGUGCCUUAGAUGUGGCAGAGGCAGACUUAUGGAGGAAAGAAAAUCUUAUAAAAUGCUUAAAAAAAACAC